AUGCAAGGUUGUACAUUUAAAAAGUCAAACUACAGUUGUGGACACACAAGUUCAACUCAAAACCUAAUGGAACGCAUAUCUCUGUAUCUAGCUCAAAAGUCGGAGUGGUUAGUAACAGGGGAUGAAGUUGGGCGAGAUAUUACUAGAUAUAAAAGAGCGAAAAAAAAAAGGAAUAUGAUUUCAGUUUUCGUAGUCGCUGUAAAAUGGUAUAAAGGUUGAAAUGACAUUCGCGUAAGGACUUAUCAUGUGAACACGAGCACAAGCCAUAUUUCUAAACCAGGAUGAACCGGAUGAAGGAGAAAAGCUAUUCAGGACAACCGAUCAAUCGUGUUUGUGCGAUGUCAGUCCAUUAGGGACGAAAGGACCUCCAUUGUAGAUUGAAGGAGCGUUCUCAGGUGAACUAACGCAAGAAAAGAAAAAUGCCGAGUCAAAGAAUUAUCUUAGGCCCGAUCGCUAGGGAUUCGCAAGGAUCAAUUUGGACAAGUAGAAAAAAAAACCGCAAUCUGGGAUAUUUUUAGCACUUCACUUUGUAAACAAAUGGGUUGAUUCCUUAUUAAUAAUGAGAUAAGAAAACCUAAAUUGAGAUGCAUGAAUUAUUUCGAACUCUGCACGGUUUGGACGGAGACUUGCGAAAACUUUCGAAACAAGACGUUUUUUUCCCCCUUGGCAAGUAACUCUAAUUCAUUUUCUGUCUGAAGAAAACAUGGUUAAAUCACAAGGUCGUUAAAUGUUCCUUAGGGACAUCUUGUUGGCCUUAACAUUUGGAGGAUAAAAAUUGGGGCUAGGCUUAGUUAAGACGGACAGGUUCAAACUUGGAACCUUGACAUUUGCCGGGGUUUUUCCAAACAACUUGACUAAAUCUCUCAACUUCUUUAGACUGACAAACAAAAACAUAUACCCCCUCUUCAAUUAACGUUCACCCUCCCUCCCCUACACGUCCUUGGCAAGUCCUUCCUCUUUACCUGAGCGGACAAGAGUUGCACACAGUAUAAAUUUGUCAAGUGGCCCUCCUAAAUUCAUUUGUCGUCUCAGUCAACAUGGGUCAAGGAGUGCUUCCAGUCAUACCAAGUGCAAAGAUGAGUUUACUGCUGAUUUGGGCUCUUACCUUUACGGUCAUUUCGGCUAGACCACAGUUCUUUCCGUCCGAAUCGGUCGUAGAAGAUGAAAUCGAAGGAAGGCAUUUUAUUCAUAAUCAUCGUCGUCAUCCUUAUAAUCAAGGGCGGCCAUUCAUAGGACAACGUCCCUUUGGAGGUAACUUCGAUUCUUUUGGCGGUACACCCAAUGGUGGCUUGUUCUCAUCCGGAGCUGGAAAUUUCGGACCAAAUGGACAGUUUUUCGGAUCAAACAUGGGCGGUGGAUCAGCGACUGGUGUUGGAAUUGCAAAUUCAGGAGGAUUAUUUGGUGGAUCUUCGGCGGCUGGCUUUGGAUCGGCAAGUGCAGGAAACGGCGGAGGUUCAGCGAUAGGUUUUGGAUCAGCUAAUGCAGGAAACGGUGGAGCACAAGCUACUGGAAUCGGAAUCGCCCAAGCACCACUUGGUGGCUUUGGGAUGGGUGUUGGCCUGGCAGUUGUUACACCCUUUGGAAAUAUAGCACAAGGGCAAGGAUUUUCUACAGGCUAAUAAAAACAUUAUUAAGAUAAAAUAACCUGUGUCUAACCUGUGUCAACCUUGAUGAGAAUAUUGAUUUAAUAAAUUACUGAAGCAACAA